AUGUCGGCGGACGUGUUAAGUGACGAUUUUAAAUCGCGUCUGCACUUGACAACUAAAACGGUAGGGCAAGAGAGAAUACGGAGGGCUCGGGAGAACAAUGAGGACGUCGCCAUAUUGUCCAUGUUCCUCCCAAACGCGACAGCUGAGCGGGAGAACAAGAAGUUCUGUUGUGCGAUGAAAGACCAUUGCCUGCUCGGCGAUCCUAGGAAAACAAUCGCAGGUCAUUUUUCACAU